UAUUUUUAUGAAUAACUGUUGUCUGUAGUCGUUUGAGGCUAGAAGAGUCCAAAACCAUGUAAGAAAUCGCUGUGGAUUUUAAUUUUCGUUGUUGAUGUUUGUUUUGCUUGUUUUGAAGUUCAAACAUGAAGCUGUAUGUCGAGCAAUCACGAUGUUGACUGACAAGAACUUAUGCACGUUAAUUUUUAUAUCACAGGCUUAAAGUCAAAAACGAGAAGGGAAAGUUUGACAUACUUUUAAACGAAGGUUAGUGGUAUGACCUGUUAUUUAUUGUCAGAAAUAUUCAGCUGUAGCGUCUUAUCCUAAAACAUAAAAUCGGGAGACAUCAAUGAGCAGUAUUUUUGUCUGUGCGAGGCACAUGCGGGCAUAAAACUUUUAUUUAGGCAGUUGUAUUUUGGCUACUUUGAGAAUUUCACGGCUGUACUCACUAAUCACUAAAUACGCGGCAACUGUUCAAUCGAUAAAUUGAUGGUUGAUCGACGAUUGUGCAUUAGCAGUCGAUAAAAACGAUUGGGUACUGGAAAAUCGUUGGUUAAUCGAUGAAUAUAAACGUUUUUUUGAUAAGCUUAACUCGAUUGAUCAUCCGUUUUAUACUCUGAAAGCUUGAGUUCGCAAGUGAACGGGAGGCGAAAGGUAAAACACGUACCUCUGCAUUCGUUGUGUAUACUGGUUGAUAUUUUUAAAAUAAGUAUUAUUUUUUUAUAUCCCCCACAGCAUAAUUUUUUCAACACGCCUGUACUGUCCAAAAGAAAAAAUGACACCCUCCUCACUCCCCCAAUGGUGCAGAGAUACUUUUCAUACUUUAAAGGUACAGCCCUACAAAGGGUAGCAAAAAUAUCAUAGGGCACGUUCCUUUGGUAUGAUCGAGAUCAUCAGAUCAGGAUCAGUAAUCCAACAUCACUAAUCGCAUAAGGGGCCAUUGACAUAUUCACUUUCUCCCCACUUAUGUCAACUGAACGUUUAGCAGGGUGGGAGGGGGUAAGGCAGUGGAUGUUAGUGCAGGGCAUUUUUGGACAAAAGCAAACUGAUGCAUUUUCAUAAAUUUUACACCAUGUGCUGUGGAACCUCACCACAGUCACAAAUUCAUUAAUUAUGAGAUUUCUUACAAGUCCAAUGCUUUAUAAAUAAAUAAUUGUUAUUUGCUGUUAUUUCAAUUUUUAACCAUCAAUUUUUAUUUUAUCAUGGUUCGUUUUCAUGUUCUCUUUAAUUAGCCACAUUAUCUAAUGCUGGAUCUAAAGAUUUAGCCCUUAAGGUAAGAAUCACAUAUAACUGUUUGCACAUUGAUUCACAUAUUAAGUCUUUAUUAUCAGCGUGCAAAGAAAAUAGUAGUGUCCGAUAGCCCAGGGCUAGGGCUUACUGUAGUUUGCGAACAAAAUGGAGGGAAACGAAACGAAAUGAAAUGAAAAUCUGUAGUUUGCGAAAUGAAAAUCUGUAGUUUGCGAAAUGAGAAUCUGUAGUUUACGAAAUGAAAAUCCUCUGGAAAAUGCCAACUUCAAAUUCUACUCGGAUAUUCUAAACAGAAAAUCCCCCCCAAAAACCUGUUUGGCCCAGAAUAGUUUAACUUCUGCUCAGGCGCUCAAGUUAAGCCCUGUCGGUAGGGGUUAGGAACUGGAUGGGUGACCCACCGCGAAGAUCGUCUUAACCAGUGGGGGAUGCCCAAAACGCUGAUCACUUCGACUUUGCCUAAAUUAUUUCAGACUGGGGAAAAGUCGGGUUUCUCAAUCACGAGUUUACGGCUGAAUAGUGUAGAUGGAUGUUAGAAUUAUAUCGUCUGACACUUUUCGCCGGAUUUAUUGCGCAGAAAAUAACCCCAUAGGCAGUAAACGUUGGCUCAAAACGUGACGAAACUGAAAUUUACAACCGCAUAACAUCGCUUCGCUGUACAACACUUCAUUGUUUGCAAAGCUUCGAUUUUAUUUAAUAGAACUGUUUACAAGUGAGCAAUGCUGCAAUCGCCGGCAGCUGCAAUCGUCUGAUUCCAAACAGCCAAAAACAAGAAUACUAAACAAAGGAAUCAAAAGGCAAACAUGAAUAAAACUGCGUUUUGGUGGUGUUGAAUUCAUAGUAUGCAUGACAUUUGAGGCCUGUACAACUUCACCCCGCAGCGCUACUUGACACACGAAAGGCUGUCACACAAUUACAGAGGCCCCUUACACCUAUGGGACAGAAGAAAUCUGUUUGCCGUUUUGAGAUGUAGUAGGGGCUUCUAUUAAAUCAAUUCCGACCAAGUACCACACCUUGGGAACAACCUUCACAGGGUGUAAAAACGUCGCAGGCCUUCACUUCCCGUACAUUUCUCUGGCACCUGUCACAACGCUUUUAAAAUCUAAGGACAUAUAAGGAGAAGAAAACAACUACUAGUGAAAACAAAACAAACAAACAAACAAAACAACUGAAAAUGUAGUUAUGAUCAAUGGACGCUCCAAUGAUGGUCCCUUAAGAAUAGAUGUUGUGCUUGGUGCACACAAAAAAGUAUUUCUGAUGUAGCAGGCGUGACAGCCAGUGUGACAUAAAUGAAUGUUCAAGGCCACACUUGGGUCAACUGGUAGAAAAUCCUUCAUCCUGACCCUUCAGAAAUAUAAUUUCUGAUCUUUGGCUUCACAUAAAAUAAUAAGAAACGGGAGCUAUAAGAAGGACUUCGGUUUACAAUGCCCUUUGACAACCUACUAAAAGAUGCAAUAAUGCCUCACCCUUUCAAAGAACACUGAAAACAGAAGAAAUUGAAUUCCGUUUAACAACGCAGGCAUUUUAAAAACCACGAUCAAGAGGGUGCAUUGGGAAAUAAAUAAAAUUUGUAACUAACCAUUUCCAUUGUGUCCUUGUAGUAGUCAGGCCAGUAAAAUCGCUCUUUGAUUUUCGUAAGAGUAUUGUUGCAGCCGGCAUGUCCAGAAAAAGGUGCAGAGUGGUGCUCUUCGAAGACUCUCGCUUUCUCUUCCUCUGUGAUAACAAGUCAUCGAAGCGCUGUGCCAUUCUCCUCCUUGGCCACGUAGAACAAGGACUCUAAUAUUGAGCCAUAUUCGAACUUUUUGGCAAAUUUUUGCAGAGUCGUUUUGUCUUACUUUGCAAAGCCUUCCGGAUAAACCUUCUUUUUAAGAUACUUGAAAUGAUUUCUAUAUUUAGAGGAAUCCAUCUCUAAAACGUUUUCGAUUUUCCCGCGAAAUCCAGAAUUUUUUUGGAGGGGAUGACCAAAACACUAGGGAAUUUGGGCAUCCCGGGAGGGUACCGGGGGAUGCCCAAAACGCUGCAGUAAUAUGAGAAGGGGAUGCCAAAAACGCUAGGGAUUUGGGAAUGGGGAUGCCCAAGCCGCGGGGAUGUCCAAAACGCUGUGACAUCGGCGUUGCCUUCGCUGUGCUAAGCGUUGUUCCUUCUGCUCCGCGGUUUCUUGUUGAGGCCUUCUUCUUCGUUGUUCACGCUGAAUUUGAAGUCGGCAUUCUCCAGAGGAUUUUCAUUUCGCAAACUACAGAUUUUCAUUUCCCAAACUACAGAUUUUCAUUUCGCAAACUACAGAUUCUCAUUUCACAAACUACAGAUUUUCAUUUCAUUUCGUUCCAUUUCGUUUCGUUUCGUUUCGCUCCAUUUCGUUUCGCAAACUACAGUAAGCCCAGGGCUAGUGCAUUUUGCUAUCGGGUUGGUGAAUUUUGUUCUUAACUUGCCCUAUGGGCAAGUGAAGUUUUUGAGAAAUUCUAAUUACAGAAGAACUGUGUAAUCAAUCUUACUCAUCAAAGAGUUUUUAGGGCUAGUUGAACUGACUCUUGGGCUAGUACAUGCUAGCUACAGCUUGCCCGAAUGGCAAGCUGUAAAACUGACUUAAUUCUUUUGCACCCUGAUUAUGUUCUGGCAGAUUGUUCUUUGGAGGACAGUACAUUUGCAGAAAUAGUAAUAUUGAAUGUACCCAUGUCUAGUGGGCUGUAUGUUGAAUAGCACUCAUCAUUAAAACAGCAAAGAGAACAACCAAUUUUGUACAUUUGGAGUGAAGUUACCCUUUAAAAAUAGUUUGAUAUGAAUGUGAGUCACGGAUGAAAUUUUUUCGUUUUGAUUUGCCUGCAACAGUUGUACAUGCACAGCACAUGAUCAGUUUAGUGUCAGCAAUAUGUGGACCAAUAUUAUGUCCCCUGUCUUUUUUGGUAAUGGUAAAUUAUAUACAUAGGAUUGAUAAUUUAAAAUAUCGCAAACACUAUUUUUUUUGACUUAAUAAAAUUGUUUAUACAAUGAUAUUGACAUAUUUUUUACGUGAUUUUUCUUUUUUUCAGAGAAAACAAAACUCUAAAGUGUACACUUCAAAGAAUCCUCAAGCUCAAUUGUGGUCUUCUCAUGCCAAUACUGGAAGGAAGGAAGUUACAGUGGCUAACCAGAGACAGAAAAAUGAUAUGACAAAGUCUGUGCCAAUGGGACACCAUAGAGAUAUCAAUGAUGAUUUCUUGAAGGAGAAAAAAACUCCUAGUACAAAGAGGAGAUCUCCUACUAAAGAUGCAAGUUAUUUGACAAAAGAACAGUUGUCAAAAAUUCUGUCAUCAAUCAGUGGCCAAGAAUCACCAGCUAGCCAACAAGGUUUAUUAUUAUUUAAUAAAUAAUUUUUUUCUUCUGGUUUUUAAAGAUUUUUCUGAUUAAUUUGAGCAUGUUGAUACUCAACACAAUCAAAAUUAUAUAUAUUCAAAAAGCAGAACCCAGACGACACUCAUUUCAGAACAAAACUUUUUAUAAUAACAAAUUAAAACCAAGCAAUUUCAGUGAGUUCCCCCUUUUGUAUGUACCUGGUUCACUUUUAAAUACUGUCUUUGGGCAGAUGGUUUGGCAGCUGGGAUGUGUUUUUGCAGUGAGUUAGUGUUGUAGAGAAGCAGCCAUUAGUUUCUACUACUUAUAGAUUAUAUCUAUAUUUCUUUUGAAGGUGACUCCUCGGCUAAGCCUUUUUAAAAUUUCCGUCUCUGAAGAAAAUAAUUUUAAAAUUAGUAGUUUAGAUAGAGGAUCAACUUCUUUUCUUACUUUAUUUUUAACAAUGGUUUUCAUGUAAUUAUAGUUUUCAUGAAAAGUGAAACACUGAAACCUGUAGUUCAGCAGUCAUUUACAGUUAAUGGGAAAAGGUAAGGUCUUCACUUUUCCUUCUCAGGGCAACAUUUUUUAUGAAUUUGCAUAGGUUGUUGUGCGUAUUUGUUUUAUCAUAGUUGUAUUGAUUACCUGUGAACUGCCUGUUAAUAACUUACCCUUGCAGUUCCUCGUCCCUCGUAACACUUGCAACAUCAUCUGCGCCAACUGUUGUGGAUAAAACAUUGGUACCUAUUUUGUGGAGAGGGAAAAGAUCUUUUUACCCAUUUUCCUUUAACCGCCUGUUACCGGCCGUGUGCAGAUCCAUGUCCCUUCUACCGCCUUUGACAUCUUCAGUUUUAACAGUCGAGAACAACUUUGCCAACUAGCUUAUGCAGGGUGAAGAGAUCUAAAGUUCACCUGAUCAUAUUAUCAAAAAAUGUUUCCAACACCCUCCCAGACUUUCAGCUACACAAAGAAUUUUUAGAGGAAGAUAUUGCUCUGGUUUGAUAGAGCAUGUUACUCAUGAAUAGAUAUCUUAAUUAACAAAAGUAUAAGUUUCAAUAUAAUAAUGUUGCCAAUAGUGUUGUGUGGAUAAAGUCUUAUAGUGUUAUGUGUUUAUCAACAGCACAGAUGCACCUCUUGUGUCAGUCAUAGAAACAUCCACAGGAGUUGCUGCAAGCCAAGAACAGGUACAACUGGAAUUGUUUCACUUUAAUUCGCACUUCUUGAAAUUAAAGGUAUUUUCUUGGUGAAAGGAAAAAAGUGGAUUUUCUUACAAGUUAGAAUAAUUUUACCGGUAAUCACUGUUUCAAUGACCAAGUUGUUUAGCUAGAUCUAGAAAUGAUUUAACCUCAGUGAGAUAUUGUUAGCUUAUAUAGCGGAGGGUCAAAGAACUUAUUUAUCAGUACACAAUACAUAACUGUGCUCUAGAAAAUACAAACAGUCGAGAAUGUCUGGAAAGUUUAGUAGCAAAGGAAAAUGAAGCAUUUUUAAAGAUGGUGCCCACUAUUGGGAAGUAUUUUUUGCCAGAUAAUGACUAUGUGAGGCAAGUAGACCAUAUCAGGGGCUAUUGAAAUCCAAAAAGAAAACUGGGGGUAACCACGCAUUUUUCAGAGAUAACUGUGCCUCAAUAUGGAGAAAAAUGCUGAAUAGGUAUUUUUUAGAAAAAUGAUAAAAGUCAUUUUUUCCCCAAAUUUCAGAGUGUACACGUGAACUGGCACAAAUGCAAUGAUAAUUGUAACAAGGUUUCAAAAUAAGCAACAAAUGAUAAAAUAACAACUGCUCUUUAUACGUCUUUUUUUGAAAAUAAUUAUAUCAGCACAACUGGGAAGUUAUCAGCAAUUACCUCUCUCCACGCGUUUGCCUUAAAAACAGUGUAAACAACAUUUUCCUUGAACCAAAAAUAUUAUUGAUCGUUUGCUGAGAAGGCUUAUUACUUUCAUUUGGUAAGAAAAAAAAACUUGUGGGGGUUACCACACGUUUUUAGAAGUUAAAUUGGUUGGUUUCGACCUUAACUUAAUCGCUUUGGUGGUUAUUUACAAUUUUCCCAUUCCCUCCCCCGUCAGUUUCACUAUUGCUUCACUCAACGCAGAGUACUCUGGGAUAUCCACAAUGGCUUACAGUCAGAGAGAACAACAAUCCACGGAGGCACAGUCCUUAAGGCCACCGUCAAGCUCUGACCUGCAGGGUAGCCACAGUAAUGGCUAGAUGUUGGUUUAAAAGUUUCAUUGCUUGGUUAAAGAAACAAUACAUGUUUUUUUUAUGAUUGCUUUGCAAUAAGAGCAAAACAUAAUGUGUCACAAAAGAAACUGCCAGAUAGUGGAAAUUUUUUGCAUAUGUGAUUUCUGUCAAUUAUAAAGUGGAAAAAAUUUUCAUGCAUUAGGAAAAUUCGUGUUAACAGUGUGUUUCCGUACCAAAAAAGGGAGUGACAGGUUAAAAAUUCUUAAGUUUUCCUCGCUAUAAAACUGUGCAAAUUAUACUAAGAUGCGCAUUACACAUCCCUAGAAUUUUCUUUGACAAGGCAGGCAUCUCUGUGAAACAGACACUUAUGAGUGUGAGUUUCAACUUGCAUUGUCUAUCAUGCAGAUCGAGAACUUUGAUCUUAUCUUGAUAUUUACAGUGUUGUUUUUGUAUAUAGGCCAGUCUUCCUAAAAAGAAUUUUCAGUGGAAAAAGGACCUAGGUUUGUAUGAAAGUUUUCUCAUCACAGAAUUAUGCCCCAUUCACACCAGCUAAACAUGUUUAAUUCAUAUAGGUUUUUUUUUCAAAUAUAAAAAAGAAGAAGAACAGAUAACAAAAAACUAAUACACAGGCUUUUACAGGGAAUUCAAAUGAAAUUCCACACAUUAUGUAAAAUGCACCAAAAUUGCAAUUAAUAAAUACAGUAAGCAGCUUCUAUAAAUGAAAAAAAUUAAACCAUAUUUAACGCUAUGUAAACAUACAGCUUUUAAACAUUUUGAUUACCUUUCAAUCUGCAAAAUGCACUGUUAACACCUAUUCUUGAUCAUAUAUUAAAAAACAAUGCAUUACAUUGUACUGUCUAAGACAUAACUAUGGGCAGUUAAAUAAAUGUCAAAUGUUUUAGAAUUAUUGAUAUUCAAGGAUGGAGCAUCAUUGCAGUUUUGGGUUCUUUACACUUCUUUGUGACUGUAUAACCGCAUUGAAAUUAAAUCAACCAAUAUUGUUUUGUUCAGUUUUGUCUUGUUGCUUUUUUUUGUUGGUUUGACCUUUCAUAAUUUUUUUGUGGUAUAGAUGAACAGAUAGCUCUAAAGCAGAAGUUAAAGGCAGUACAAGAUAAUGUGGUAAGUGGAAGUUGAUUGUUUAAUGUGAUUUUUGUAGCAAUAUGUAAUUCUGUUGCAUGUAUUUGUACUGGUGUUGAAAAGAUGUCUGACAAUAAAUUUUGUUAACCUCAUUAUUUUGUUAUUAAUGUCAAGAUAAUGAAUUUAUUAGAUGUGAACAGUCAUAAAACAAAGUAAAAUUGAUCAUUGGAUGUCCACCAAUCCCACAAUUCAACUGUAAGUAACAGUUGGUCGUUCAUGGACUUGCUCAUGUCCAACAAAAUCCUACCUGAUGACUUGAGAAAUCAGUUGUUAUUUGCAUAGCAAUAUUAUUAGUAGAUCAGAAGAUCUGCAUACUAGUACAUGUAAUUAAAGAAAUGUAAAUAAAUGGACAUACACUGUACAGUGGACAUACCCCUAUAAGGUACUCACCUGCCAGUGUUUCUGGUUUGUUUAUAGGUAAAAUGGUGACCUGGUUAUUAAAACAUAUGCUGUUUCUAAAAAAAAUUGUUUGUAGACAUGGAUUAAUAAAACAUCAUUUUAAGUUUAUUUCUGUAAUGUCCAAAUAUAACCACCAAAGGUUAAUACUGCCUACUGAUUAGGAAAUAUGAUUGUUAGCUUCAAUGAUGUAUUGUUAACAUUCCCCUUCAUGUUUUAUUUAUCAUUAGAAUGAGGUGGAUGAAAUUGAAGAGUACAAUCCCUGGGGUCGUCCUGGUGGAGGGGCACCCAUUCGAAGCCACUCUGGGAAAGUUGUUGCAGACUUCAAGAAAAUGGCUCAGGUAUAAGCCUAGCAGUGAAAUAAAAAUAAACCACAUUAUGAAAAGGUCAAAAAUUGUGUGUCAUACAUUUAGUAAAUAAGAAAAUGAAGUGACUCUCUCUAUAUAUAAACUGGUAUAUUAUUGUACCAGUAACUUGUCUCUUUUCAGUCAAUCAGGUAGGCAGACAGUAAAGGUGGCUCUAUGAUGACAAACAUUGUGAGCUUAAAAAAAAUUAAAAUUUCAUCGGUUCAGUGAGAAAAACAACAAUUUUGUUUUGCAUUUGUAGUUCCUUUUUGUGUGUGACAGUUUAAUAAUGUGGAGGAUGUAAAAAAAACGAUAUCUAUUUUUUUUCUUUUCUUUCUAAAACUGGGUGUGUCCCACAAUGAUUUAACUCGAGGACCCGCUUCCUCCAAAGAUGGUUAAGUUAAACCCAGGAUUAAGCGAAAUUAUUUUGGGCAAGGUUUUCUUAUCCAACAGUGCAAUUCAAGCUUACAAAAUACUGUUGAGCCUUUACUCAGAGAUACAGUAAUGAUUACACAUGCAAAAUGUUACUAUAAGCAAUACAUAGAAAGGUAAAAUACAAAAAUGAAACAAAAUUUAAUCUUGGAUUAGCACCAAUUGGCCUUUCAGACACCAGGCCUAGGGAAGUAAGCCUUAUACAUGUACAACUGACAUAUGAAGGGUCCAUGCGUUGGAAGAGUAAACUCACUUAAGUUUGAAAAAAGGUGAGUUCAUAUUAAUAGCAAAAUUUUUGUUGCCAUCACUGCGAUUAAGCUCCCUAACACCUUAGACUGGAAAACAGUCUGAAUUUUUGCGUAUUCAAGUACGCGUGAGCAGUCAAACAAAGGUCUGGAUCAAGACUGAAAACAGAGAGAGGGCUAUAGAGACAAGCUGUCAAUAAGCCGUCAAGUUAUGCACCUAUCAAUGUAAACCCCGUGGCGGGGGCGGGGGGGGGGGGGGGGAGUGCGGGCAAGGGGUGAAGAUUUGACAAAUUUUAAAAUUUUUUGAUCAAAUUCCCCAGGGUGGGAAAUGAAAGGUCAAUCAAAAGUGUCAAAAAGCCCCCACCCCAGGGGAAAUAUCUAAACAAACAAUACUAUAAUACUAUAUAAAACGAAUGAAAGAACAUUUGAUAAGUACGUUCUUACUACUUUUAUUUAAGGUUAACGUAAGCUCCGUUAAAUUACUCGCUGUAAUUAAGUAUUUUCUCUCUCCACUAGCAUCUCUUAUUUUGAACAACGUAAUCACUCCGGACCAGGAAGAUUGACUGUGCUAUUAUUAUAUUAAUGAAACGUACAAUGCUUUAUAACAUCGGCUCAACAUGUCUGAACAGGUCGGAUCAGUGACCUGCAAAAAAUCCUCUGACUUUCAUGGUAGAAGUCGAUUUCAAUCGAGGUUUACAAUCAGAUGGGAACUUGAAGAUAAAAACUUUCUCAAAAUAGACAUUAUCUGUUUAGAUGACAGUGUAAAGUAUCGGAUUAUGGCAAUUCAAGAAAUGAAAACUUCAUAACUUUCUCCAACAGCGUGACUUUCAGAAAGCCUCGAGGGACGGACUUGGUUACCGCGUCUGAAUUGAUACCAGGCUUCUAUCAGUCAAAGUCAAAUUUCCCAACCCCGGGGUCGCUUUGCACGAUCAAAAGCCCGACAGGGGGAUAGUCUCAGGCAUCAAAUCCCCUCCCCUUGCCCGCACUCCCCCCCCCACGGGAUUUACAUUGAUAGGUGCAUUAUGUUUACACCAAGCCAUUCGUGAUGUUCCCUGCAACUGCGAUGAUUUCCUAAAGCUUUUGCCGUAAAUAGUGGUUGAUGAUCACCUCGAUUUGCUCACAUAAGAAUUGGGAUUUGUUUGAAAAUCAAAUCAGAGGGAAGCUUUGGAGAAGCUACUUUUUUUUAAGGGGGAAGGAUGUUUUUGUGUCCUACCAACAGGCUUUGGCUCUUUUCAAUCGCAAUAAUUAUUCGUAUAGUCCGUUGGUGUGUUCAUUUUCUCUCUAAUUUGCGAAAGCAUCACAGCGCAGUUUCAUACCUUCAUUUUGUUCUGCACAGCGAGCAAACUCUUGUGGAGAAAGAUUCUCCAGAUUCGUUGAGGACAAUGAAAAGUUCCUUUUCAGAAGGUCGAAUAACUUUGGUAAAUGUUUAAUCUUUUCUAGUAGAGGCAACUAACAUAUUUUCAGAGCUUAUCCACCCACUCUUAAAAUUGCCGAACUGUGUUUUGAAACAAAUCAUAAGAAGCGCUGGGCUCUUUUGGCUUUCUCCCUCUUUGAGGGAGCAGGCACAGGCUUUGCCGGAGUACUUCCACUUCCACUCAUUUUUGAUCCUCCACAAAACAUUACAUUGCACAGGGAAACAAAGCUGAAGACUGCUUUGAAAUUACUGGAUACAGCAUUCACCACACAAUUUGAAGCCAAGUGUGGACAAUAGCAAGUGGUAUUUUCUCGCGAAAUCAAUCACCAAGUUAUCAAAUUCACCGAGAGGGUGCAUAUAGAGUUGUAAACAGAUUUUUGACAGCUCAACAAUAUUUUUGAACCCCCUGGUCAGAACGAACUCAUUGUAUGGAAAAAGGACAGUAGGUUUUUUUUCUCUUGCCUCACAUGCCCAUGGGGUGUGUGAGACUCUUAAGCUGUGCUUAACGGAUUUUAAGAAAAAAACUGACUAUUUUGAAGUCUACUAAUACCUCAGUGGGGAAACUAUUUUUUGAGAGCUGCCAUGUACAUAAAGAGAUGCAUAAUUAUUUUAAAGACUGUUGUACUUUUCAUCCAACACUUCAGUGAAGUUUAACACUUAUUAUUUCAUUGUCGUGAUGAUAUCAAUAUCAAGUGACAAAGAUGAAAACUUAAAACUGACCUAAUGUAUAUGGUUUAAGGUGACAAAAUAAAGAACAAAAGUAACAUGUUUGCAAGUGUAAAUGAAAAUAUGUUAAACAAACAGUUUUGCCUGGAUGGAAUCUGAAUUGUGUGUUUCAGAUUCCAUCUGGGCAAACUGUUUGUUUAGCAUAUUUUCAUUUACGUGUGCAAACAAUUGUUACAGUUUUGCCCGGAUGGAAACUGAUUAUUGUGUGUUUCAGAAGAAUAUACGCGCUGGCUUAAUGUUGAAGGUAAAAUCUGUUCUCAAAUUAAAGCCGAGAUUCUUUGCCUCCUCUGAAUAUUUAGGGAUAGGAAAGAAAGCAAAUUCUGAAUCAAACUAUAGUCAAACCCCACUUAAUAUGGACACCCAUAUCAAGUGGACAGUUUUGUUUGCCCUGAUACUUAAGCUUUAUGUAUAAUUAUAAGCCCUGACCUUAUAUAAUUAUUUUCUGUACCUUUAAUUUUUGUGUCCCAAUUUACAAACUCUUGUAUAUCCUCUCUUUAUGGACGCUGGUUAUCUGUGCACUGUCUUUUAUCCCAUUUUUAGUGAGACCCUGCUUAAUACAGAUACCCAUAUGAUAUGGACACUAUUGCAAUUGUUCCUCGGUGUCUGUAGAAGUCUCAUUCCACUAGCACUGUUGGAAUAAUGGUUUAUGCGAAGCACAGAUUUCACCUAAAAAAUAAAAGGUUUAUUGAAUUCCCAAAAAAUCAAAGUAUACUUAAAAAAAUGUCUAGAUAUGAUUGAUAUAUAUAUAUAUACCUAGUAAUUAGUUAGAACCUAAAAUUUAUCUUUAAACAACCGUUUGACUGGCUUUUUCUGUGUUGUAUAAGAAUGAGGCGGAUCCCACAGGGUCAGGUCUGACAUUGAACAGUGAUCAGCCUGCAGUUAAGACUACUGGACAGGCUAGUAAUGCUGCACAGUACACUGGUACAGCUGCAGGUACAGCUGAUGUACUACCUGCUGCUAUGAGAAGCUCAUUUGCCGUUGGGGUAAGAUCAGUCUCCUAGCUCUCUUAUGUAAUUAUAAAGGUGCAGAAAUUGUGCCUUCCUACAUAAAACAGAAUUGCCAUUGAAAAAAAAACUGUUUUGAAUUGCUAUAAUGUACGAGAUAGUGGUAUUAGAAAAGCAUGAUCACGAUCCUGACCCGGCUAGACAAAGAAAUUGAAGGUUAACAGGUAAAACCUUUAGUUGGUCUUAUGUACAAAUCAUGAAUCAAAGGCUGAGUGGGAAAACGGAGGGAAUUGUCCACUGACCCAGGACACCCUGGCUCUUGAUUAUUAAACCCUUCUGUUACUUUAUUCAAAUAACUAAUUAUUAAAGGUGUUAUGUAUACAAAAAGACUACAGUAUUAUCAGUUGGCUUCCCAGACCUUGAGUCACUUUGGCCAGAGUUUGAAAAAAAUCCAGUGAGAGAUCAUGCUCAUUACUCGUAACUUAUUCGAAGAUUGCCACUUCAAUGAUUCUCAUGAGAUGAGCCGCUUGUCUUGCAGGAAACCAGAUAAAACUGGUAACUUUUGAGCAGACAUACUACAAUAUUAUUCCUGGUAUUCCAGUGACUACACUGUGAAACACAGUGAAAACUUUCAAUGUUUUUAUUACAGAAAAAAAUAUUCUUCAACACCAACAAUUUGUUAAAAGUUUAGCAGAGCUUAAUUUCCGAACCCAUCCGAAACGAGGCUGGGAGUAAUCGCAAACAUCAUCAUGAUCACUGAUGAAGGGAUCCAAAGCUCUGCUAUUAAGAAAAGCUCGAUUGCUCAACAAAUUGUUGGUGUCGAAGAAUAAAUCUUUUUUGGUAAUAAAAUUCUCCUUUUGGGUGGUUUUUGUCAUUUUUGUCCUUUGCAAUUUGUGCCUUGUGUCAAAUCACCUCAGAACCUUUAGCUUAUUAUUAUUAUUAUUAUUAUUUGUUAUUAUUAUGUUCUCGUCAAGUUUUCCUGCUUCCCAUCUAUUGUAACCAGGUCCAAGCAGUGGACCUGCCCUGGGGCAUUAUAGGGGGAGAAAUUACUUCAGCGACAGUACUUUCCUUACUGUUUGGUUGUACUAAGCAUUGUGAUUUUCUGGAUUUCAUUGGUGCUAAUGUUACUUGGGAUUCUACUAGUGACCUUGUCUAGUCCUAUCUUAAUUAGCCCUAGGGCUCCAACGACCACUGGUAUUGUUUCCGUUUUCAUAUCCCACAUUCAAUUUCCAAAUCAAUUGUACUUGGAUAACUUCUCUUGCUGAGGUGAUUAUUAUUAUUAUCAUUAUCAUUAUGAUUAUUAUUAUCACUAUUAUUAUUAUGAUUGUUGUUGUUGUUGUUAUUAUUAUUUUCAUUUUUAAUGAUAAAUUACUAUUUAUUCAUUUCAGGCUCCAGGUAUCGUAAAGUAUGAGACAAAGCAGUCUAAAGCUGAAGAGAAGAAAAAAUGGUUACAAGAACUUGGUAUGGCCCAUAUAUUAUAUGUUACAAACGGAUAAAACCUGAGUUACACCACACUGGAUUUAUUUUGUUCAUUUCCAUUUUUAACAGAGCAACAAAUCAAAGAAAAAAAGGAAAGAGAAGCUAAGGAAAAAUUAAAUCAAUCACUGAAGGUAGAAUAUUUCAAGUUUAUUCUUGCUCUCAAUUACGCAAAACUGAAAUAUUUUUAAGAGAAUGUGAUUGUCAUAGUUUAAAAACAAGAAAGUUUCAAACCUCAACUGAAUUCAAAACCAGACUCUUUGCUAUUGAAUGAUUCUCAAUUUCUUUUAUCUCCUGUCCCUGAUUAUUCAUGAAUUAGGGCGAAGAAACAAAGGGAAUUUGAGAAUCAACCAAGGUUAAAAAAUGUUAACCUUAAUUCAGUGGAACCUCGAUAUAACGAUGCUCUAUAUAACGAAAUCCUCGCAGUAAAUCAUAUAUUUAAAUGCUAUUUUGUGCCUUAAAAAAUAUUUAAUUAGCAUUAUGAUUAUUAUAACGAACGAUUUUUUUUUACCCCAGUAAUAGUAAAAUAUAUGAAAAAGAACCUUGAUAUAACGACACCUUCUUAUAGCGAACAAAUUUUGCCUCUCCGUUAUUUGGCCUUUCGUUAUAUCGAGGUUCCACUGUUUAUUUUUGACCUGUAACAGAAUCCCAUCCAAACCUUCUAAGUAUCUUAUUAUUAAUAGAACAAAAUAAUGUUAGAUGGUUGUUGUUCAAUAUAGGAGAGUAAAUAUGAAACAUGGUUCCAAACACCUGCUCCAGCCCGUGAAUCUUCUGCCAACAUCAGCGUUCCUACUAGUAGCACUUUUACAAAACAACACUCUCCAGUGCAAACUGUGCAAAAUUCUCUCACUUCAGCCAGCAAUGAAAGGUAAAGUAGUUACAAGUGUAUGAUCAAUAUUAAGUCCACAAGCAUUUGGGGGACAUAAAGAACAAAUUAACUGCGUAUCUACGUAUUUGUGUCCAUUCCCUACCUCUCCAUUGUCCCCUAACCUGGAACACAUCGAUUCAAACAAGCAACUCCUUUCCUUUCGACAGACAACAAUUAUAAGAAUCAUGUAAAAAUGGGUUUAUACCACAGUUAAUGUUCAGGCCACAUGGUUACCUGUCUUUUAUUGGAUGUUCUGCCUCCUGUAUAUGCGAAACAGCCGAAGUUUAGGUGCAUAUUAGGGGCGAAUAUUUUCUGAUGUUUUCUUAACAACGACAGGUUAGCACAGAACAGCCCGGAGUUUUCACUCAAUAUUUUCCUUUCGGAGUCCCUAAGACUCCUUUAACCAGAGGUUUAGGGUCCCAGAGGGAACAGUGGGAGUCCUAAGGUUAGCACUCUUUCAAAUUCCAGGAAGUCUCUGAAACAUUUUCGGGUUUCUUCUUAAAAGCAGAAGCAUCACUACAACCGUUCGCUGGCUCACAAUGAGACAGUAGUUUCCAAACCUCUGCAAGGAGUUUUAAUGUGGUUCUCCGAUCGGAACAUCAAAAAAGCAAGCUUGAGAACCAUUCAAAGUGAUAAUGGCUCUUUUUAGUUUUAAAAAAGGAGUCAGACAAAAGAAGAAGAUUCAAAAGUCUUGAUAUUUUAUUCUCAAAACAGAUUUUUUGAAGAUGUACGCAGUUCUUAACUAAUUUUUAGUAAACUAUCGCUCUAGAGCAUGUGAGUCCGAGAGGAACGGUUCUCUUUGGUGUUUUGCGUCCUCUUUUUUCUUUUUCGGCGAAACAGCGCGUCUCUGACGCGUAUUUGCGCGUAAGGGAAAACCCUGACAGCUGAACUGUAAUUAGGUUUCAUAUGUAAACAGGGCUGGGAAUAUUCAUAAUCGAGGUCAUGGAUUGCAGAGUUUAGGACAAGUGGAUCAAGGAGAACUGGAAAGAAAACGGAACAAGACACUGGAACAUCAGGUGACCCUUAAACUAAGUUAUCUUAUUAUCCCAUUAAUUUUUCGUGAACGGCUAUUAUUAAAAAAUUUCCUAUCGUUUUAUGGACUGAUUGUUUUACAACUUUCAGGUUAUUUUACCCAAAAUAAAGCAGGCGUGUUACUAGAAGGCCUUGUCCACUACACUCUUUCUUUUUCAUAAGAAUGUUGUUUUUGCGGCCCGGUCUUAAUAUUCUUUUUUCCUGCCAAUUUUAGGCUGAAAUAUUCUUGCAUUAUUCUUAAAUUUUAGCUUUUGACUUUUCCGUUGUAAUGUAUUGUGGUCUAAAGUUCAGUUGAUGCUGGUUUUUUUGUUUUUGUUUUGUUCCCUAGUUUUCACCGCUAAUUGUAUUGUAUUUACAGAUUUUCAACAAAAUCUCAGCCUUCGGCUUAUUCUUAUUGUAUUCUUGAAAUUUCGCAAAUUUUAGUCUCGAUAUUCUCAUAAAAAAACUUGUUAUAUUAAAAAUAAAGAGUGUACUAGAUUAUACACCGCGGUAGUGAGGGUUUCCUGACGUUCUGUUCAAAGCCAACAGCUUAACAUUACCUCCCAAUCGUGUGACGUCGUUCUGAAUGAUAGACAAAGCACGAUUUUAUUUGAGUGUCAAUCAGGGGCCCCCAACGACCGUUUCCUCCCAAAUGCAUUGAAAAUACUUUUCAGGUUAUCAAGAGUACUUUUAGAUGUUUAGAAAUGUAUUCUAAGUGGCGCUAAAAAUUUAUAUGUGUUCGGUCAUCCUAGGGUAACUUGAAUCUUCUAGAAAUUACAAGGGCUUCAGUAUUGUUUUCCCGAAAAUUUUAGCUGCAAUUUAAAGAUUGACGAAAUAGUAAAAGCAUUUUCGAUUCCGAAAAUAUUAGGUUUCCUUUCUCUACGAAAAAUAGCUUAACCUGGUGAGUGAAAUGGGAAAAAUUAAACUUCACAAAAUCGUAGGGAAUUAUUAGAUAAGCUUCGAAAAUUGUACAUGAAUGGAACGGUCAUCUAGAAAUUUUUAGCCUUCCUCAAGCUAUAGAAAAUUCUAGGCAUUUUUUGCUUCUCCGAUAUUUCACGGAAAACAGUCGUUGGGUGCCCCUGAAUAAUACUGAAUACACUGUUUUACGUACGCUACUGGAGAUGGGAUCGCCAUUUCUACGUGACUCACCCGAAUCCCUCGAAGGUUCCUUCCUCCCGGCAUUGCUCAGACCCUGAGUAUUGGUCCGGGCCUGGAGAUCAAACACGCGGCCUUCUGCUCUACAGUCGAGCUCUUUACUUCCCUGCUAGCAGAGGCCUUUUUCACCCUGGUAUUUGGCUCGGAAGAGAAGAGGCCUCUGUUAGCAGGGAUGAUAUUUACAUACUGAGCUAGUCCUGCCGCACACUAGUUUACCAGGUAGACCCUGGCAAAGCAACCGAGCAAACGUCAAUAAACCGGCACUCAACUUAGUGUUACCAAGUGGUGGUGAUAAUAUGAUAUUACGGACCUUAAGAUCCGACGACAGCGACGGCAACGAGAACGUCAAUAAAGCAAUAGGUUUAAUAACCAAAACAACAAUUUUGCACGUGUAUCACGCUUUUUUGUACAUUUCCUUGCCGUCGCUGCAGGACUACGACGUGAAAAUGCCUAAUUUGACGUUUUACAUAGGAAGUACACAAGUGACGAGGACAUUUCCUCUCACUUUCUGAACUUGGAUAUGGUUCUUAGGCUUCUCCGGACAGAUAUUUCACAGUUUUACUUACGCUACUGGAGACGGGAUCGCCAUUUCUACGUGACUCACCCGAACCCCUCGAAGGUGAAGCCGUUUUGCAGGGCAAAGGCAGUACUAGCCUCCCAGCAGAAGUCCUUUGGGGUUCGUUUGAAUGAGUGACGAACGAACCCCAAAGGACUUCUGCUGGGAGUCUAAGGCAGUACCUUCCUCCCGGCAUUACUCAGACCUUGAGUAUUAGUCCUGCCUUGGAGAUCAAACCCGCGGCCUUCUGCUCGCUGUCCUCGGAUCUCAAGGUCCCUGUUAGUGAUUUGCUGCUGGUGGUCGACAUUAACCUGAGAAUAUUUAUCGCGAUGAUUAUCGUAGUGUUACUGGAAAGUUAUAUUGAAUUAUUUUAGCUUGCCAUUAAAGAGCAAGUAGAGGAGAAAAGACGGCUUAAGCAGGAAGAGAAAGAAAGAAGGAUGAAAGAGGAAGCUGAGAAAGAAAGAACGCUAGCAUUAGAGCGAGAAAGACUUCACAAACAGUAUCAGGAAGAACUGAAAAUGCGUCAAGAAAAAGAGGUGAGGAUAAUUGUUGUUAGUAAAAUCCAACUAGUGGUCUAUUAUCAAUGCUGCGUUCUGAUUGGCUGAGCUACUACUAGGCUAUAUGUUAUAGCCUACUAAUAGCGAAAAGCGCGCGCUUUUUGGCGGCAAAAAAGGAUUAAAGUCUAGCUUUAACUAGCUAAAAUUUUUUUAUUCUCGAUAUUUUUGACCAACUAGUUGGAUUUUACUAAAACAAUUAUUCCUCUCGCCCUCAUGGCCUCUGAGUCUAUAGCCCAUUCGGCCUUCUGCCUCAUGGCCUAUUGACUCAGAGCCCAUUCGGGCUCGAAGAAUAAUUGUUAAAUAGUAAGCUAUGAUGAGGCCCAUAGGAUCUGUAUAUGUUCUUGUGUUUGGUAGUUGUUAUUAGAUACUUCGGAUGUGAUAUAUCAAAAUAUGACUGCCACUGAAUGUAAGUAGUACAUCUUAUGAUUUGUGCUGGUUCCACUUUCCGUGAUACGAUAUGUGAUUAAACAGAUAUUUACAUAGACAUUCACCCUUGUUCCGUAGUCUUAACUAACAAAGUUCAGGGUGUCCGUGUAUAAUCUUAAGCGCUCUUACAAUGUAUGUUGAUCGUCUCGAUCGGGCUAAGGAACUAGAGUAGAAGUCAGAAAUGCCCAGUGAAAUAUUGAUAUAACACAAGCAACAGCAACGAUGUUUUACAUCAGUGCGCUUAACUUUUUGUAAGAUGAAGUUGUUGCUCUCGCUGUAAUGUGAUCGUUCCAUUUCUAAUCUUCUCUUACAGUAACACCUAGAAUUUUUUUCACGUCGGUGUACUACUUGCACUUUAAAGUGACGUGUCUCUUGAUUGCGUUUGGUAGGAUGAAGCAAGGCGUCGGGCGGAGGCAUUACAACUCAGUAUUGUACAGGCGCACCAGUCCGCACAACAGGUAAGUUCUUUUUUUAGUAAAAUAAGAGCCACGACCAAUGACCAGUUGACCAGAACCAUUAUCAAAGAAAAUGGAAUAUUUGAUCAUUCGAAGGGUAUUUUGUCGUUGGUCUGAAUUGGGCAUGUUAAAAAGUGUCUUGAAUAUUCAAGAUUCUUACCUAUAACACAAGAGGUUGUUGUAAAAUUUUGUUUGAGUUGUUUAAUGGUUAGUUGAUCUCUCAAAGCAGCUUCAUCCUCCUCGGCUCCAUUCGUUUUGUUGCUCCUUUCUCAUUCAUUUCCUUAUUUACGUAUGUAUGUAUUUGUUGACUUUCAGGAAAGAGCUGCAAAACGAUUAAAGCAUUUGGAGUCUGGUGGUCACGAUGUAUCUGGAUUGCGAUCCCGAAUGGAAGAAGGUUUGUCAUUUGUGAAGUUGCUUGGUCUGCAAUGUGAGCGCUGGUCAACAACUGAACCUGAAUAACUCAACAUUGACUGAUAAAGAGACCUCUUUCAUAACAGGGGCGAUUUAUGUUUCCAUACGUACUUUGAUAAGUAAUCUUGUCACAAGAACAGACACCAUCAAAGACUGGAAUUUUGAUGAAUUCCCUGUCCCUAACCUACCUUCUUUUUAUAUCAUCGCUAACACUGACUUGUCCCCAUCACCUCCUGCUCUUACCGUGCACGUUACAAAGACGGCUGGGAAGGAGUCAGUCAUUAACAUGAACCAUCUUCUCAUACAUCGCGGUAAAGGACGUUUACUCAGUAUUGAGCCUAUCUUCAGUCUCCUUGCAGGUACCCUGGGCCCUCUUACUUGAAAAAUAUUGCCCUCUAUAACUCCAGAAGAGGAGCCAUGGGAUCCUCAUUGGCUAAUUCCUAGAUAUUUAAGAAUUUGUUCAUGCUUAGCGUGCGUAUAUCGAGUUAUGGAUGCACGCGGGAAGUUUGGAGAGCACGAAAGAUGCGUAAGAGUUGCACGAGGCGAUAGCCGAGUGCAACUCUACCUUCUUGAGUGCUCUCCAAACUUCCCAAGUGCAUCCAUAACUCAAUAUACGCACAGCUAAAAGCAUGAGCAAAUUCUUUUAUAACAUAGCUGUCAAAAAUGCUUGCUUUUCGAUUAACUACAAAAUUCUCGUAACGCGCGACACAAUAACAAACGCUUCUAUUGGCUGAUUACAAACACGCCACAAUGGUUUAGUUUGAAUGAAAAUUCUUUCUGAAAACUGAGAAAGAAAAUUUGCUUAUUUAUUCGCUAACUAUCAAUGAAAACUAAAAAGAAACAAAGGAAAAAGAGUCUUAAAGUCCGCCUGAAGUGAAAAUACUCACAUGUUCGGAAGUCGUGGAGUACGGUUUGGAUUUGCUUGAAAGAUGUUUAUGUUUGCUCGGCAAAAUCCAGAAAACUUGUUUUUCAGCGAAGACGACUGUCAUCCUACGUUAGCCUUAUAUUCAUUUACGAACAAUGGCUGGUCAUUACGGCUUCUUGAGAAGACCCGGCAGCAGUUGUUUUUGUGAGUAAUAAAUUCAUGUCUCCUUGUGUCAUUUGUCUUGUUAUUGCAAGAGAAAUUUUCCUGCUUCAGUCGGAUUGUUCGGCGAUAACAAAAGUGUAUAAUUUUUUGCUGUUGAGCUUACUUUUAAUUAACUUGUUUUGUAGGAUAUAAAACAAACGUUAAAAACGGAGGACACUUUGUACAAAUUGGAUAUUUUCCGACACAGACCAAUUUGUGGUCUUUUCUCAAGUAAAUGUCAGUCUUUACGGCAGACUUUCAAGUUUCAACGAAUCAUGCAGGCUCUAUUAUUUGCGAAACAUGUCACGGCUUUUGCUGUUGCUUUGAGUGGCUAGAACGAAGUUAAAUUCCAAAAAAGUCUAGAAAGUUUUUUAUCAUUGCCGUCGAUUUUUGGGUACUUAGGAAAAGGGACGAAAAACACAGCUGAACAGUACACGUCAUCUUAUUUACGCACGGGCGUGCGUAAAUAAAGAUUUUGUUCAUAGCGGCUCAAUAGGACUUAUAUCAGGGCGGAUAAAGGUUGGGCGGUGAAACGAGCGCUCCGCUCUUCAUUUAAUGUGUGAUGCGGAGUAGGACUGGCACGAGCGCUCUUUCCGCGCUUCCGGUGCGCUUGAAGGCCGGCGAAAUUUUCCUUUUUGGAAACCGGAAAUCCUAUUUUCUUUCUGUAAUUUCAGGCUACAAUGUUAAAUAGAUAAAUUCGUUUCAUAACAAUAUCAAUAAACAGUUUCAUAUGUUUGUGUCUGUACGUCUAUAAGUCAAACUUGUUGGUCGUAUAAUGCCAAAAUUUGAGUUUUAUUUGAAAGUGUUGAAUACCUCCCUCUUCCACUAAAUAUCACCUAAUCGUCUUUCACCGUUUCGUUUGCAAAAGCUUAACACUUCUUAACCUCAAUUUUUACAUAUGUUAAAGAGGGAUAAAUUUUAUAUAACAUAACAAAAAAUUAGAUUGAUAUAUAUUGAUAUAGUGGCGUUGUACUUCUUCAAACUUUGCUUCUCGGGUGCAACGCGCCUUUGCGAUUCGCGCAAUGCGUUGCAAAUCUGGCAACCGCAUGUAAACAAAAUUUAUUGAGGUUAGUUGUAAGGUUUUUUCUCCGUUUUUCUCUCUAAAACAAAACAAGGUAAACAGUAAAAACUGAGGGGAAACUAAUUUUGAAGUUUCGAAGUAACAGAAAGACGUAUGAGAUGUUUUUUUCAAAAUUAAAAAGAAGGAUGAUGGUGAUUGAAAUUAGCAUAAUUUCACCUUGCACGAGCUGCACGCAUUUAUAAAAUACACGUCAUCUACUGCUGUCUUUUAGUUUUGCUAGGGAUGACAUGGAUGAGAUUUUCUUUCGUGUUUUAGACAGUACUUAGUUGUUUUUGUUUUGGAAUAACAUCGACAUUGGCGAGUAGCAGAACGAAAAUAUAAUUCAGUGGUAGAGUCAUGGAAGUAAUAAAAGAAACCCUUUGAAAGAGAUGUUUGUCUACUCCAACUAAACCUCCCGGAAAAAAAUAGCAACAUUUGCCUCUCGGAGGCAGCGUACCAUCACAAAGGAACGAGGAAGAAGUGCAAGAAAAUAAAUCAAGCUGCCAUAAUUCAGUGACAGCGGCAGUGUCUAAUGUACAAACCACAUCGCAAGCCCUGACCGAUGACCGAAGUCGAAAACAAGCAACAUUUCUAAGCAGAGUCCCAGUCCACUGCAUCACACCUUUUUGCUCGGACGCGCUCGUUUCACCGCCCAACCUUUAUCCGCCCUGCUUAUAUAGGGCAAGCACGCGCGCUAUGUUAUAAACCCUUUUUUGGCCUGUACUCAUCUCCUGUAUGUGCAACACGACAAAGUUAAUACAUUUAUUUAGCACAUUUUAAACAAGCAGGUAUAAUCAUUUUGCGUUAUAAGAAAAAUCCCUAGUUAAACAUUAUUGUUGUUUAUUUUUCUUCCCAGGUGACCAAGACACAUCUAUUUGGAUGCGAUCCACAGAAAGCUCGUCUUAUGUAACGGAAUAUUCCCAGUUCAGUCCGCGAAUAGAACGAACUGAGACGGGAGUACCGCAGGAGGAUGAUAGAAACAGUUCUUGGCAAAAGAACGCCCAACUGGAAUCCGAGCUAAAAGAAAUAAGUUUAAGUACAUCAUUGGAAUCACAAUGGACAUCAUCAUCUCCGGUUCCUUCUCGAAAGAAUGAUUCUCAGGCGAAUUCAUACUUAGAAUCGUCAAGACCAAGCAAAAAAUCUACGCGGUCACAGUCAGAAAAAAGCCAUAGAAAAAAACAACCGAGCAAACAUCAAAUCAGGAAACGCACUUCUUUGGAGAAUGUAAAGCAAGAGGAAGUACCUGCCGCUCCUGCUUUACAAGAUGCUUUUAUGUUGCCCUACAGGCGGACUUCAAGUGCUACAUUUGCUGUUGCCAUGGAUACCACCUCUCUGUCAGACCAUGAUACUACUGCUACUACUACAACUGAUACAAGUAAACAGACAGGAAAGAAGGCAGACCAAGGUACUCUGAGAAAAACUAGAAAUAUAAUAAAACACAACGAGCAAGUUAAAGGAUCGGAGCGAGAUGUCAAUUCCAAAAAUACCAGUAUUUCUCUGACUGCGGAAAAGCGGAAGGUUAGACAAGUAAAGGCAAAGAUUGCGGAUGGAAAAAAUGUGUUGGAUACCGGAAAGGUUGGUCACCUUCUGAUCUGGAAUAAUUCUUAUUUCAAUUCUUAUUUCCAUGGCUGUUGUAAUGUUUGUAUUAUUCUUAGGCUGUCGGCGUAUGUUUAUGUUAAAUCGAGUCAGAUUUUCGUAAAAUGUCAUUUCUAGCAGAAAUCAGUUGAAAGAGUCAAAUAUCCCCUUUCUCAGCGUAAUCUUACAUCCUAUAUACUACUAAAGCCCCAUCAUCCGCAGUACCAACUUAACAUGUUUAUUUUAACCAGGUUUUAAAAAAAUGAAAAACCUUAACGAUAAACUAGUACACGGGGUACACGGGGUCUUACACUGGAUUCAAUUGAACUUUAACUUACUCCAGUGUAAUUUGUGUUAAAUAUGCAGUCGAUAAUAGUCAGUAAGCAGUUUUUUGAAGACAACAAUUCUAAACCGUGUUUAACUAAAUAACUUUUCAACAUGUUAAAAAUUUGUUUUGCAUUGGGGAUAAUUCUCGCUUAAGAAAGCUACCUUGGGCGCUUGCUAAUGGUGAGAACUGGCCGACUGCCAAUCGGUCACUUUAGAUAUGAAAUGCACUUAUAGUGAAAUAAGCCAUUUCCGAGUUCCCCGGGCCUCUGUUUCAAAACGAGGGUAGGUGUUCAGCCGUUGAUAUGGAAAUCAUUUUUCAUUCUCAUGCAAAUGAAACUUAUUUUCAUAAGAAAGGUUGUGCACCUAGCCUCAUUUUGAAAGUGAGGGUUUUUGGAACUCGGAAGUGGCCUAUUCUCUUCACAGCUGGACUGGUCUGGCCUUUUCUGGCUCACAGUAUUAAAGCUCAUGCACUAAUUUCAAAUUGCACCUGGUUAAUGAUUGCUAACAAUUGUGUUUAGAUCUCUCCAGAGCCAUUACCUACAGCACGCCAGGAGAUGAUUUUACAACAACUUGCUUCUCUUAGACAAGUGAGUUUAAAUCAUAAUUAAUUACUACAGUAUAUAUUCCUCAGAUAUUGUUAAUUUUACAAUAACUGAGCGAUUUCUUGCGCCCUGAUUGGUCGAGAGCUAUGGUCGAUAAGAGUACAGAUCAUGGAAAUGACAUCAUGGUGGCGCAAUUUCUUUUACUCUUUCUUGCGCGAGCAAUGUUUACUGAGAAACUUCGACGGAAAUGGAUGUUACAAACUGCCUAUGUUAUUGUAAAAAAACAAGCUAACAACAAGUUUCCUUUGUCUGUACUCUUAGCGGCCAUACGGCUUGCUGUUCGUGGUUCCAACUGAGUUGUGAACAUUUUUACGUCAUUUCUAUGGUGAAGUUAAUAAAUAGAUUCCAUGUUGCCGUGCGUCUAUUCAGUAAUAGAUCACAGAUGACGUCAAAACUGAAUGUGUUGAAAACAAAGAAGUGGCACUGCAAAGUUUUGAACAUUUUGACGUCAUGUCUAUGGAGGGUAUGAGUAUAGAUUAUGGAACAUUGUGUCGAUUUGUUAAGUUGAUACUUCGAAAUUUGUGACAACGUUAAUGCUUGUUUUUUUUUUAUCCCAAAGGGUUUAAUGAUGAAGGAACGAGAACUCACUUAUAGUGCGCUGUAAAGAGCACAGUUGCAGCUCCACUUCCGUUUUGAGUAGAGGAAUAAAUAGAGGAACAUUGACUGUCAGAUUUGUGGUGUCACUGAUGUGUUAUCACCGUCUGACGUGUUUGUCUAUGUGUUACUUUUAAGUGAAGCUUAUAGACUGGGCCAUUACAGCACGGCCCCAUCAAGGUGGCUGGUAUCUGUUAUUUCGGAGGAUUAGUGGCUCGAGAAAGUAUUAAUGGAAUACCAGGAAGCAAUGUAAAUAGAUUAUAAAAAUGUAGUUAAACUGGUAACUAGAAAAAGCAACUAUUAAAAAAGACAGGAAUCUGGUUCGUGUUUAGUGUGUUGUGCUGCCACUGGAUUACAGUCGACUCCUGAUAACUCGAGCCUUCAAGGGAAAUAGGAAUCAAAAAGUUCGAGUUGUAGUGAGAUCGAAUUAUCGGGAUUUCGGAACAAACACCCGGAAAUAAGGGAAAAAAAACAGGUUUUACUGUACCUUGUGGACUUUGAUCAGAUUUUUAUUGUUGCUGCUAUCUAGACAGACCACUUCGAGAAACUCCGAUAACUUUAUAAUAGAGUGGGAAACUGACCAUGUUCUGUUCUGAUGAACAGUCCGUUCAUCUGUUUGAGUAAAAUGUACACCACGCGUGCACUGUUCUAGUUUAUUUUGCUCGCGCUUUGUUCAAAUUUAAAAUCUUGCGUGUACUUUUAUUUUCGCGAGGCGCCCUAUUUAAAGUCGCGUAGCGAGCUUUGAGUUCAGUUGUUAAACUGAUUUUAAGCUGACCAGUUUCAACCCGUUUAUUGAUAACCAGAAGUUGCUAACCAGAUAAACAGAAGUUGUUAACCGGAAAACCAGACUGUGUAAAUGUGAACUGUUUUGUUUAAAUACGGAGGCAGUUAUAGAAGUAAAUGUAAAGUCGAUUUUGUUGUUGUGUUAGGUUACUUUCUGUUCAUUUUCUACAUUGUACUUAGGCCGAGUGCAUACGUGCCAACGGAC